UUUCUAUCAAAUCGAGCCAGUCAUAGCAAUUUGCGAAGUCGAUAAAUUAGAGAAAUAAGGCUGUUCCACAGUACCUUUGCCUAGCAAAAUUUGUAGGAACUGAAACAAAUAAAAACUAUUUUCGUUCUUACUUACCUUACGUCAAAAAAGUGUUAGUGAAUUAAAUUUGGUGGUUUAUUUCAAUAUUUUUCAGUAAAUUGAGUAAAUGGUAGAAGAAAAGGGGGUGCAAUGAUUAAUCAUAUGUUGAAAUAAUGACUAUAUCAAUGAAAGAACAAGAUCAAAUGCCUGGGGAGAUGGCAUUCCCCGAGGCCAAAUUAAAGGCACUGGAAGAGAAGAUUUCACAUCCUCGCUGGGUUGUGCCCGUGCUUCCUGAACAGGAGCUGGAGGCACUGCUUGUUGCUGCCACUGAGCUGGCAGCAAAAGGUGAAGAUGCAAACCACCCGGCAUGUCAGAGAUUCUAUAAUGAUGCCCUCACAGUGUCCUUUACAAAGAUACUAACAGAUGAUGCAGUCUCAUCUUGGAAGAAUAACAUACAACAAUGUGUCCGUUCAAACUGCGAGAAGCUUGUAAAACUAUGUGCAAUGAAACUAGAUGAUCCAAGAUUUCUGCAUUUAUUAUCAAUGGCAUUCAAUCCAAACAACAAAUUUCACACAUUUAAUGCAUCUAGGACUUCUGAAGGUCUUUCUAUCACACCACCUGGACAGGGUACAGCACAAGAGGCUGAAGUGUUUGCAAGGUCGCAGGAUCAUCGCACGCCGAGAGGAUGGCUGGUCCAUCUUGUUAAUGUGUUUGGGCAAGCAGGUGGCUUUGUUAAACUCCGUGAAAGGUUUGAAACAAUCAUGGGGUUCCAAAAGACAGAGUUGACAUCAUCCAUUACUUCAGAGGAAAAAGUCUCUACAGAAAUAAUAGAAAAAGAAAAUGAAGAAACUAAAAGUGAUAAAGUUGAAAACACAGAAAUUGCACCAGUUAUUGCUGACAGUGGUGAAUUUUCGAUCCCGGCGCGUAGCGAGCAACCUUCGUCGUUAGAGCAGUCCACCAGCGGGGAGACUCGCGUGGCGUCCGUGUGGCAGCUGCUGCGGCCUCUGGGGCUCUGCCACGACCUCCUCACAUCACACACCGUUACCACGUACCUGUUACCUGUACUUGAAUGUAUCCCAACACUACUGGAAAGUUUAACUGACGAAGAAUUGAAGAGGGAGGCGCGUGGUAGCGAGAAUAAGACUGACAUUGUUUCCUGUUUAAUUCGCGCAUGUAAAUACGUCUCAGUGAAAACACCCCAGCAUCACAGUUUACUCAAAUCACUUGAAAUGUUUCGUUUAAAAAUGAUAUUGCGAUUGCUGCAAAUGUCUUCAUUCAACGGGAAGAUGUCAGCUCUGAAUGAAAUCAAUCAACUCAUCAGUACGUUUUCUCAGCAACCAAAACCAGAGUGGCUCACACCUGCUGUUAUUACAAAUUGGAUCCGAGAAAAUAAAGUAGUGGACAUAGUUUUACGAGACUCCCUCCACCAGCCGCAGUACGUCGACAGACUAGAGAAAAUGCUUAGGUUUAUGAUAAAAGAGAACUCACUGACGCGGGACGAUCUGGACGCCAUCUGGAAGGCGCAGCAUGGCAAGCACGAAGCCAUUGUUAAGAACUUGCAUGAUUUGUUAGCCAAACUGGCUUGGGACUUCACCCCCGAUCAACUUGACCAUUUAUUUGACUGUUUUAAGGCGAGUUGGGCCACAUCAAGCAAAAAGCAAAGUGAUAAACUACUAGAAGUAAUAAGGAGAUUAGCAGAAGAUGACAAAGAUGGUGUAAUGGCAAACAAGGUAUUAGUACUUUUCUGGAACUUGGCGCACUCAGAUGAAGUUUGUACGGAAAUAAUGGAUGUUGCAUUAGCUAAUCUUAUAAAAAUAUUAGACUACAGUUGUAGUCAAGACCGAGACGCUCAGAAGACGCUGUGGUUGGACAAGUGUGUAGACGAACUGAAAACAAAUGAGAAGUGGGUAUUACCAGCACUGAAGAUGAUGCGCGAGAUAUGUUGCCUGUACGAGGCGGGCGGCGGCACGGGGCUGCGGCCGCACGUCACGCGCCAGGAGCUCAUCGACCGCCUGCAGACGCAGCACUCGCUCGUCAUACUCGUCACCGACUCCCUCACGCAUUACAUGGAGGCUGUGCGGAACAAACUAACAGAAGAAGGUGAAAUAGAUUGGGACAACUGGCAACCAGAUGGCAGAUACCCACAUGCAGCUCAAGUUCAUGAACGACUCAGUUUCCUGAGGUUUCUGUUGAAAGACGGACAACUGUGGCUGUGCGCAGAACAAGCAAAACAGAUAUGGGUGUGUUUGGCUGAGAAGCCUGCACACCUCGGUGACCGGGAGGCGUGUUUCCGAUGGUUCAGCAAACUUAUGGGGGAGGAGCCUGACUUAGAUCCUAACAUUAAUCUACAUUUUUUUCGAAGGAACAUUAUGACAUUAUCACCGAAUUUACUAACCCACGCUGGUAUCAAGUGUUUUGAAAGAUUUUUCAAGGCAGUGAACUCCAAAGAAGGCAAACUGAAAGUAAAGCGACGUAGUUUUCUACUUAACGACGCAGAUCUCAUAGGCUUAGAUUAUUUAUGGCGGGUGAUAACGGAGUGCGACGACGAGAUCUCGGCGCGCGGCAUCGAGCUGCUGCGCGAGGUGUGCACGUGCGUGGGCCCGCAGCUGUCGGCCGCGCACCACCACGAGGCCUUCCUCACGCACUGCUGCGCGCGGACCCAGCGCAUGCAGAAGGACAUGGACACGCACGAAGAUUCGUCAGAGGGUUGUACAAGAAUGUGUAGAGUGAUUCGUGCCAUACAAGAAUACAUAAAUGAAUGUGAUAGAAGGUUUUCAGCUGAGAGGCAGAUCUUACCUAUCUAUAGGUCAGGUCGGGGGAGGCAGUGUACGAUUAUAGUCAGAUUUAAUUUCCAAACUGGCCAAAGACAAGUUGAAGAUAUUGAACUGUUCUCGCACUCUAAUGAGACGCUGCAUUCGUUACGCGCCUCCAUUCAAAGAAGGCUGAAGACUGCUUCAGAAAGUAAUAUAAAGUUAGAGCUAUAUGUAAAUAAGUUGGAGCUGUAUGUUAAUGGGGAAUUAUUAGAUUCUAGUCACGAUAGAAAAAUUCUCUCGCAAAUACCGCUUCGUGACAAAACUGUGAUUGUUGCUAAGGUUUAUGAUGGGCAAGUAUGUGGCAGCGGCGGCUGUGGUUCGUCUAACGAGUCCAGCAGCGACUCCAGUACUUCUUCACCUCCCUUGUCGCCUACACCGGAGCACGCGUUACCGGGUGUUCUUUUUGCGCAAGGGUCGUGGUAUCUGCCGUUUAUACUAGACUUGGAACAUAUUGGCAUUACCAAGGGACAUGGUCCCCUUACCGAAGCGGCGCAUCUACUCUCACAGAUUUGCCCAGCGCAUAAGCAAACUGUAGAAAAAUUAACAGAAGCUUUGCUAUGUAGAGAAGACACAAAAUUGAGGGACAUGCUUUACGGCCCAGCGCCGCCCACGGUAGCUUAUAAUGUUGAGGUGUUAUACAGCAUGGUGAUGCCAUCUUCAGACACGCGAUUGGAACGCUGUCGCAGUUUUCAGAUAGCUUGCGUCAAGAAAGCUCCACUGCUAGUCCAAUGCUUGUCUGACAAGGACUUUCUGCAAGGCGCUGCACCACAUACGAGGAGGGUCGGCUACUUAGCUCUAGUGAGGCUAGCGAAACUGGCAUUAUACACGCUUGGCCAUCUUUUCGAAAUACUCGCUCCCGACGGUACUGAAUCUACUCUCGACAAGGAAUUCAGUAGAAGGGAUGUGACUAUACUACGCGAAGCCUUACAGACGGUGCCCAACCAUAGUUGCGAAUUGAUGGUCAAGGCUAUUUCUGAGAAGCUAGCCAAUGCGUUAGGCGAACAGGUGGUGAUCAGUGGCGAGGACAGUGACUCGGUAUCUGCGUUGGUGUGGUGGCGAGUGCCUACCGCGGCCACUGUCCGCGCUCUCUAUAGUCUUGCGUACUCUGUGGCACAGCCGUCCGAGAUCAGCGGCAUUGUUCACCCUGAUGAUGUUACACUUGUUCGGGAGUGUAUGGAAGUAGUGACCAUCUGUAUGGCAUUGAAUGGAGGCCACUUGGAGAACAACUUGUUAAACGAGACAUGGUGGCAGGAUACUGCGUUGUUCCUAAUGAUUGAUUGCCCAAACCCUCAGGUUCGCGUGUCAUGCGCGGAGCAACUACUAGCGAUGUGCGCGUGGGGCGGCGGCGGCGGAGCCCGGGCCGCGCUGGCGGCGCUGGGCGGCGCGGCGCAGGUGGCGGCGCCGGCGGGCACGUCGGGCACGGCUCGUGCUCCGGCCGCCGCGCGCCUCACGCGACAUCCGCGUCACGCGCAGCAGUUCCUGCAGCUGCUGUGUAGACUGGUGGCGCUGGCGGGGCCUACGUCACGUACACUUGAUGAUCUCGCUCUUGAGGUGGCAUGGUUACGAGCAGUCCGUGCCAACCCUUUAUCGCUGGACGACACGCUGUUAGAGGGGCAUCUCAACCUCACGAAGGAGUUGUUCGCCCAUGUACCAGCGCAAGUUAAAUACCAGUACGGUGCACAUCCAGACCACAAGGACGCGGGACUCAUUAAGGAAGUGACGACGGAGUUCCUGUGGCCGUACUCGUGGGCGUGGUGCGCGGUGCCGCUGCGCGCGGCGGGCGAGGCGGGCGCGGAGCCGGCGCCGCCGCUGUGCCGCACGCCGGGCGAGGCGGGCGCGGAGCCGGCGCCGCCGCUGUGCCGCACGCCGGGCGCCGCGGCCGCCGCCACCGACCUGCUGCUGGCGCUCGUGCACGCCUGCGUGCCCAACAUGGCCGCGCUCGCUAAUCUGCUCGAGCACAUGUUUUAUAGCGACAAGAGCAUGCCGCUGGCGGAGUGGGAGUACAUGCCGUGCGUGGGGCCGCGGCCGGCGGCGGGGCUGGUGGGGCUGAAGAACGCGGGCGCCACGUGCUACAUGAACUCCGUGCUGCAGCAGCUCUACUGCGUGCGGGCUGUGCGGGACGCGCUGCUCACCGUGCAAGGAGCUGCAACAGAUCCAAAUGAAGAUUUUUCGGGUGAAACUCAUCAUCACACCAUUGUAGAGAAUAAUAUUGAGAACAAUGCAGAUUACAACAUCACGAUUUUAAAACAAGUACAAGCAAUUUUUGCCCAUCUGCACUAUAGCAAGCUACAAUACUACAUCCCUAGGGGCCUUUGGGCACAUUUUAGGCUUCAAGGUGAACCCGUAAACUUACGUGAACAGCAAGAUGCAGUAGAGUUUUUUAUGUCGCUGGUGGAAUCUUUAGACGAAGCAUUGAAAUCAUUAGGCCAGGAACAAUUAAUGGCUAAGACUAUGGGGGGUACAUACUCGGAUCAGAAGAUUUGUAAGGGCUGCCCUCAUAGGUACUGUAAGGAAGAACCAUUCAGUGUCGUGUCACUGGACAUCAGGAACAUGUCCCGUUUACAGGAAUCAUUAGAAGCUUAUGUUCGGGGAGAGCUGCUAGAAGGCGCCGAUGCUUAUCAUUGUGAUAAGUGUAAUAAAAAGGUGGUAACAGUGAAGCGGCUUUGUCUAAACAAACUACCUCCAGUGUUAGUUAUACAGUUGAAAAGGUUCGAAUAUGAUUUCGAAAAAGUAUGUGCAAUAAAAUUCAAUGACUACUUCGAGUUUCCACGGGAGUUGGACGUCGAACCUUACACAGCAUGGGGUCUGGCUCGGGCCGAGGGCGACUCGUCACUGUGGGAGGGUGGCGAGGAGAAAGCACAAGAGACGCACUACCAACUUAGCGGCAUCGUGGUACACUCUGGACAGGCCUCUGGGGGACACUAUUACUCAUACGUAUUACUGAGAGACAACGGCAGCGAGACGGGCCGGUGGGUGAAGUUAGACGACGGUGACGUAUCGGAGUGCGGCAUGCACGACGACGAGGAGAUGAAGGCGCAGUGCUUUGGCGGCGAGUACAUGGGCGAAGUGUUCGAUCCGAUGUUAAAGAGAGUAUCAUAUAAGCGACAGAAAAGAUGGUGGAAUGCGUACAUGCUGUUUUACACAAGGAAGGAUACAAUCGAAAAUCAGUCAGCUCUAGAACAGUCAAUGCAGAAUUUGACCAUGAAGGAAAAUAUUAUACCUCGUCCUAUCUGGUUGUCAGUACGACGCAGUAAUAUUGCAUUUUCUCACAAUCAAGAUCAGUUCAGUCUUGAGCAUUUCAAUUUUAUGAAGAAACUUUGUUGUAUGCGGCUACAAAUGCUCCCAGGAUCUCAAAGCGCUGUAUGGGGGCCGGAACACGAAGAGAUGUCGAUGUUAGCGGUACAACUGGCAACGAAGUUCUUGUUCCAAGUAGGAUUCCGAACAAAGAAGACAUUACGUGGUCCCGCGGCCGACUGGCACGACAUAUUGUGUCAACACUUGCGAUGCUCACAGGUCGUCAGAGCUUGGUUUGCAACUGAUCUCUUCAAACAUCCACACAGACUGUGUGACUACUUAUUAUCGUGUCCAACUGCUGAAGUGAGAAUAGUAUUUAUGAAAAUCAUCGUCUUUUUGGCGCACUUCUCAGUUCAAGAUUCGCCAGUGAGCAACGGUUUCGGCGUGUGGUGCUCGCGCGAGGAGGCGCUGUCGCUGUCGGACCAGCUGCUGUGCAGCGCGCGCGCGCUGGCGGCGCCGCACCACGACGCGCACGCCAUCCGCCACCUGCCGCUGCUCUUCAACCUCUUCCACACCUACGCCAGCCUCGGCCUCAGCGAGAAGCUGCAGCUGCUUAGGCUAAAACUCCUCGACGUCGUUUUGUCAGUUUGCAUGGAUGAAUCGAACACAAUGGGAAAAUACCAGUAUCCAGAGUCGGCCAAAAUUCAUCAGGUGGUGUGCGCGCUGGUGCGCUGCUGCGACGUGAGCGCGCGCUGCGGGUCGGCGCUGGCGAGCGAGGGCGCGGCGCCGCUGCCCAACCCCUACGCCGAGCCGCACGCGCCGCGCCCCGCGCUCUCGCCGCAGGCCGCCGACGUGCUCUACAACCGCACCGGGACUUACAUGAAAAAAUUGACUGAGGAGUGUUGUGGUUGCGAGGAAGGUAUAAGAUUACUACAGUUCAUGUGCUGGGAGCACGCGGGCUGGUCGCGGAUCGCGCUGGCCGAGCUGCUGUGGCAGAUGGCGUACGCGUACUGCCACGAGCUGCGCCGCCACUCCGACGCGCUCACUGCGCUGCUGCUCAUGGAGGACAGCUGGCAGCAGCACCGGAUACAUAACGUCAUCAAGGGCGUGUCGGACGAGCGGCCGGGGCUGCUGGAGACGGCGGCGCGGGCGCGCGGGCACUACCAGAAGCGCGCGUACGCGUGCGUCAAGCUGCUGGUGGGCGUCAUGUGCCGCGCGCCGCCCGCCGUGCGCGCCGUGCACGCGCAGCCCGACGCGCGCCGCCGCUGGCGCCAGCUGCUCGCCUGGCUGCAGGACGAGCUCGACCGCAAGUAUGGCCCUGGCUACGGCUCUUACGGCACGUGGUCUCCGCCCGGUACAUCAAACGAGACGUCGAGCGGAUACUUCCUCGAGCGUAGCAACUCUGCUAGGAAAACACUCGAAAAAGCAUACCAACUAUGCCCCGAAGAGGAAGACGAAGAAGAAGAGGAGGGUCGCGAGGGCGCGUCGGGCUCGGGCUCGGGCGACGCGGCGGACGACAGCGCGGACGAGGAGGAGGCGCCCGCGCCCGCCGCCGCGCCGCCCGCGCCGCGCGACCCGCUGCCGCCGCUGUGAGCGUCUCUCUAGUCCCGCCCCGCGUACACUUAUUUAUGUAACUUACAUGUUCCGCUUUAAAAGUACCAUAGUAUUUAUUAUUCGCCGUUAGGAUUCGUCGUAGUGCUCUCUCGGCGGUCGACUGUAUCGGUCGUUCGGCUCCGUGCCGAGGAACGCGCCUCGCCGGUCUCGAUUGCGUGAAUCGUUGAGAAUCGAAAGGACGGUCACUUCGAGUCGGCUUGAAAUAUUGUUUGGUCCCCAAAUAUUUUAUCCUUAUAUGUUCACCGACACGAGAAGCAAUCUCCUCUAGAAAUAAGUUUUGUUUAUCUGUGCAAAAUAUCUGGAAAUAGUUGUGAAUUCGCAACACACUAUGAGACCGAGUUUUAAUCUAAUCUAUGAAAUGAACAAUACUUGAAAUAAUGCUUUUGUUAAAAUAGUUCAUCUGAUGCAUUUUAAAAUAGUGAUAGAUAGCAAUUUUUUACUUUUAGUCCAGAGAUGAUAAACAUGAAUCAGAAAAGUUUUACACAGUACAUAACGCAUAGGAUCGUAUAACAAAGUAUAAAGCUAGGUGCUAUCUAUUAGCUUGCUUGUUUACUUGUUUUGUUCGAACUUAUGAGCUUUUGACGUUCACGAUGUAAUAAAUAAGAUUGCAGUACGUUUUGUAAUUUUUAAUAAUACUGCAUUUCUUUAUAUAUUAAUUAUAUUAUACAUUUUGUUAAAAGUACUAUAAUAUAUAAUUGCCGUAAAUAACCUACCGGUAUAGUGACGACACAUUUUAACGAAGUUGUUUUGAAUAAUUGAGAAAUAUUGAGAAAUCUAAUUAUUACGGUAUGGUGAUAUGGUAACCUAAUAAAUUAUAAUCAGAAUCCCGGUCAAUUAAAUUCACCAAUUCAUCUACUACACCUCAAUAUUUGGCAAAGCUCAAAUACUCUACAAAAUCAAACAAUUUGUAAUAGACAUCAAUAUUUAGGGACAGAGUUCAUUGCAAAAUACUUCACUUAUAAAUAUUGCUUUUAAUUGUGACAUUUUCAAUGAUCAUUUUUAUAUCAAUUAUAUUAGAUAAGAACUGUAGAUCUUUCUAAACUGAGUCAUGUUUUGAAAUAAUUGUGAUCACGAUGUUUAUGAGUGAAGUAAAAUUUAAUGUACAUAGUAAAAAUACAAAUUAUUGAGGCCAGAGAACACAUAUUGGCCUAACUCUGACUAUGUAAACAAUGUUUAAUAUUUCAGUUUUUUUAUUUGCUAGAUGUAUUAUUAUAAUAAAAUAAACUUAGUUUUAAUUCAGUGGAAAGUGUAGAUAUAGGUAUUAACGACUAGUCUAACAGGAAAAUGUUGCCACUAUGUCAAUGUUCUGCUUUGUAAUAUAAUGUUAUUUAUUUUUAUAUUUCACGACGGUUGUAUAAUAUUUUCCUUUUUUUCUAGUGGUAAAAUUGUUGUAACAUCCAGGCUAUCAGGCGAUGCAGACGCUCUGGCCACUCGCUCGCAUGCGUCACGGACGCUCUUAUCAUAGUCACUUGUAGCCAUUGAAGUUUGCACUUCGCAUUCUACUAGUAUUUUACAAAUAUAAACCACCGUGAUAUUCUGUGAGUAUUCAUUGCUUUCAUUAAUUUUAUCAUAAUGAGCCUUCAAAUUUUGGUCACAUAGACCGUGUGCCUUAUUUUAAUUUUAUUUGCUCAAUGCUUGCACCUGAUAGUCUGUAUAUUGAUCUAUUAACAAGUUUUUAUUUAAGACUGUUAUGUCAUUCAUUUUGCAUGUAAACAAUAUAUUUCGAUAAUUAAAUAACAAAGUAUUUAAAUAAUGUGAUAAAAAUAGAAUUUAAAUUUUAUUGCUUAUUAAACACCAAGCAGUGUUUAUAUGUUAAAGUGAAUGAUGUCAAGUCGUGAUUUUAUUUUGGCUUUAAAAAUUAAAAGAAGUCGCUUUUUAUCAUGGUUUUAAUAAGAAAAUACAGACAUCCAAAAUCACAAGUUGUAAUGAUUGAUAUAGUACAGAUUAGCAUUGUGAAUAAUUAGAUACCUGGUCGAUAAAAUGCUGAUUGUUGUUAAUGUUAUUAUUACCAAAGAUGGAGUUAUAGAUAAAGGGAAUAUGGUGGCCCUUUUCUUACUAGCUUAAUAAUUGAAAUGUUUUGUAUCUUUUAUAAAAUGCAAAGUUAACGAUAUUAUGUUGAAACGAGAUAAAAUGUGAUUGAUCUUAGAUAGGUGAACCGCUGAUUCGUGUUUAGAAACAAAUGAAUCUAUAUACUGGUAACUAAUCACAUCUAGCAGAUGUAUGAUUCUCGGAGCGAGUUUCGAAAUCUUGUAAAUAUCAUCAACCGGAUGUCAGACUCAACAUUAACUUCAUUCUAUUUUAUAUUCACAAAAUUCGUAAAUAGGACUUAAAUAGCAGUGGAAUCCCCAAAAACAAAUAAGUUAUAAACAAAAAGAAAUGCAAUUUUUUUAUAUUGAAAAUUUUGUAAUGUAGCAUAUUAUUAUAUUGACUUAUAAAAUACCAAUUUAUUUGGCAGAUAUAAUGUUGGAAUUAUUCACUGUAAUUCGCAUGCAGUUUUCACGAGAACAGUGUAAAAUGUGUAUUGAUAGAAUUAUUAUAAGAUCAGUUGAGUUUUGUAUAACAUUUCUAUGGCAAAUAUAACGAAAUGGCAUUUGAAGAUUAUACAAGAAUGCUCAAACAAGCAUUCAUACAGAUAUUAUACUAUUCAAAUCAAGAAAUAAAUUCAUAAAAUCUU